CUGACCAGACAUGUAUUUGACGACACUUGUUAUGGUAGUUUUACUUUUGUAUCAAUUAGGAGUAUAUUCGAAGGAAACUACAGCAAAAUAUAAAAGUGACAUGAAAAAAACACGAUCUGAUAUUUCAAAUUCAUUCGAAAAUUUUAAAAAAUCUGUAAUAUCUUUUUUUAAUGUAAGUUUUGCUAAAUUAGAAAAGAAAAGAAGACAAAUUAAAAAAGCGAUUCGUAGAUUUUUCAAUGAAAUAUUUUAUAAUAUACCGCCGCGUUCGUCAAGAUUAUCGAAGAACAAAAAUAUGGGAUCUGACAUCUAUACACCAGAUUUAAUAGUUCAUGAUGGUUAUCAAGUGGAAAAACAUACAGUUCUUACUCUUGAUGGGCCAUGGACUUUUGGGGAGCUCUUUGGAUUGGAUUCUGCUUGGUCCAAAGAAAGCAUUACCUUAUUUGUUAACGGAUGCAGGUUACGAGGUGUGGCUACCGAACUUUAGAGGAAAUAAGUACUCAAGAGCUCACGUGACAAAAGAUACAGACUCAGCGGAAUUCUGGAACUUUUCAUGGCAUGAAAUCGGUUUAUUCGACAUACCUGCAAUCAUUGACUAUGUUAGGGAAACUAGCGGGGGAAAACCAGAGAUACAUUUUUUUGCUUAUUGCAUGAGUGGUUCAGCGUUACUCGCUCUGCUAUCAUCUUCACAACGAUACAACGCAAUAUUGAAAUCUGCCUCGCUUCUAGCGCCCCUUGUAUAUAUGGAUCACAUAACGGGACCCUUGCAAUAUUUAGCGGAAUUGUAUACGCAAUAUAAAAACUAUAUAAACACAUUUAUGUCGAUUGAAAGUGAAUUUAGGAUUGAAGAAUUGUUUGACUCUUUAGACAUUUUUUGCAAAGAUAAUGAAUCUUGGUGCAAGAAUCCCUUACUGCUAUUGGGCGAUAGUGGUAAGAAAAAUAUAAGUUUAAUCACAAAUUAUAACAAUACACCAAUGGGAGUAUCAACAAAAACAAUUAUACAUUAUUUACAAAUAAUUAAAAGUGGACAGUUUCAGAUGUUUGAUUUGGGUGAGUCAAAAAACUAUAUGAAAUAUGGCACAGCAUCGCCUCCUCUUUAUCACCUUUUUAAUGUUAAAGUGCGAUUAAUUUUAUUUAACUCAAUUUAUGAUCCUAUAUCCACUGUUUCAGAUAUAUCCAAACUCGCGUUUCACAUUCCUGUUAUAAUAAACCAUAUAAUAAAAGUAGAUAAUUUCUCGCAUUUAGACUUUUUAUGGGCAGAAAACGCAACUCAGCUAGUUUAUUUUCCGUUAAUGAAAGAGUUGCAAAAAUUUUAACC